AUGUCUGCAAUAGUUAACACGGAUAUUCUGAUCGUGGGUGCAGGCCCUUCUGGCGCUGCCCUCGCAUCCUUUUUAGGACAGAAUGGACUGAGUGGACUUGUCAUUUCAAAAGACUCGCAUACGGCCUAUACACCUCGAGCUCAUGGGUUCAACCCUUUUGCUUCAGUUGCUGACGCGUACGAAGAAUGUCUACGAGACAUUAAUCUGGAGGAUGAGGUGCUUCGGCUCGCAAUUCGAGAGCCUUUCAUCCUUUCGUCGCGCUUCGCACAGAGCCUAAUUGGAGAAGAAUACGGACGACUCUCUGCAUGGGAGGAGAACCCUACGUCUUUAUGGAGACGAAAAGAGACAACGCCCUGCGAGUAUGUGGAUUUUACACAGAGACACUUGGAACCUCUUCUUCUCCGUUUUGCAUCACACAACGGUUUUAAUGUUCGAUUUUCAACUGAGAUCCUCAAUGUCGAAUCCAUCUCAAGCCAGAAGACCGAGCCUGCUUAUAUCUGCACAGUUUAUGACCAUAUCACGAAGCAAGAAUUUAAGAUCCGCACAAAAUAUCUCUUUGGAGCUGAUGGGGCAAGAAGCCCGAUAGCACGCCAAUUCGACUUUCAGUUCCUGACUGAAAGUCCAGGUCCAAAAGCAUGCAACGUCUUGUUUCGCGCAGACCUUGGCAGGUACUUGACAGAAGGGCGCCGUUGUGGAAUGCAUUGGAUUAUACAACCCGACCGUGCCCUCUUCCCUGGAGUGGUUGCUCAUCUGCGCGCUGUUCGGCCUUGGAAUGAGUGGGUUAUGGUAGCGUUUGGUCCCCAAGGCAGCAACCCCUUUGAGGGCAUGACCGCUCAGAGCCACGAGCUUGUAGACUUGAUCCGACAUCUUGUGGGAGACGACUCACUUGAUGUAGAGAUCUUGAAGCUUGACGCUUGGACUGUGCGCGAGUCGGUCGCGGAAUCGUACUCGAAAGACAAUCAGACCUUGUUUCUACUAGGUGAUGCGGCACAUAGACAUCCCCCAACUUUUGGACUCGGUAGCAACACGUGCAUCCAGGACGCCUAUAAUCUUGCGUGGAAGGUGGCCUACGUGUCAAAGGGUUUGGCUGGUCCAGGGCUGUUGUCCUCAUACAGUCAAGAGAGACAGCCAGUCGGUGCUGACCUUGUCCGAGAGAGUAACAACCAGAUACGGAAGAAUGCGGAGCUCUUCCGCGUAUUUGGAAUGAUGGCCCCGUCUGCCGAGGGCAUGAAUCAAGUGAAUCAACUAUCGCACGCGACGCCAGAGGGCUCGACGCGACGGGCUGAUCUCCACGGCGCCUUGGAAGAAAAGAAACAAGAGUUUGAGAGCCUUGGGUUGGCCUACAAUCAAUGGUAUGUAUCCAAGGCCGUGUACCUGGAUGAUGAGCCUAGCCCAAGACCAGUGGUGCAAGGUGACCCAGUCGUGGAGGUCCAGAUCAGCACCUAUCCUGGUAGCAGAUUGCCCCACGCGUGGAUUGAUAAACCAAACCGCCUGGGUAUGGUAUCGACUCACGACCUGGCUGGAAAUGGUUCUUUCUGUUUACUGGUGGGUGUGGAUGGUGGCGAUUGGAGAACGGCAGCUGAGGCCGUCGGGGCAGCUAACGACAUCCCCAUCAGAGUGUUUAGCAUUGGCCCAGGUCAGGAAUACAUCGACAUAUAUAGAAGUUGGCAUGAGAAGAGAGGGGUUAGUGACAGCGGGUGUGUUCUGGUUCGACCAGAUCGUUUUGUUGCAUGGAGGUCUUUUGGAAAACCUGCGGACUGUGAGCAGAAAUUAGGAGAGGUUCUGAGGAGUGUUUUGUACCGAGACAAGUUGUAA